AUGAAUUCAGUUGAUAAUCAAAAUGAAAUUGAAAUUGGUGCUGCUGCUGAUGCUGCUGCUGAUGCUGAUGCUGAUAUCGAUGUUGAUUUACCUCCAACACCAUUACAUCCUGCUCCUAAUGAAGAAAUAAAUAAUCAACUACCCCAGGGUAAAUUACAAUCAUCAAACAUAGAUUUAAAUCCUGAUUUAUAUGAUGAAGAAGAAGAGAAAACACCAGAUAACGAUAAGAUAGAGACAGACAAUUCUAAUAUACUAUUGGAUCAAUUAUCAGAAACGGAGUUAGAAGAUGUCAAUAUUAAUUUAAAUCAAGUUACAUUAUCUUUCGAUCAAGCUUACGAAUCACUCAAGAUAAAUUUUUAUAAUAACAAAUCACAAUCAUUAUCAGAAUCUCAACAAUCCAAAUUUAUAAAUUAUCUAGAUGAGGAAUUACUCAAAGUUCAACGAAAUUUUAUAAAACAACAAAGUGGGGAAUCAACCAACUCCCUUAUUGACUUAAUUUCAGACUUGAAUCCAAUUUUAGAGCUUUUAUUUGUUUCUAUAUCUCCAAAUGCAAAUUUAUUUGCACAGGUGAGUUAUUAUAUUAAGAUACUUGGUGAUUUUGAAGAUUUUAUCAAUCAUUAUAAUGUAUUAUUCGAGUAUAAUAAUAUAUCUCAAAUUGCGGAAUUUUUCAAAUUUAUUCAAAAUUUAGAUUUACUGAUUUGUUUAUUGAUUGAUGGGUAUGAGAAUAUUAAUAACCAUAAGGUGCAGAAGUUUAAUAUGACUGAAUUGACCAGAUUAUUUCCUAUUGUGUCUCGAAUAAGAAUUUUAAUAAUUGAGAAAGUUGAUAAUCAAAGAAGAAGAAAUCGAAAACCUAAUGAGAUGAUUGAUAAUUUAUUAGAACUAGAAAUUAGUAGAAUAUUUGAAGGUAUUUUAACACGAGAUGUCAAUUAA